GUCAAACUCCUGGACAAAAACACCUCUCAGGACCUUCAUCCAGUCAGAAAAACGAGGGGCGCAUUAAAACACAUUCGCGCAAACCUGCAAGACUCUCAUUGGGAAGCCCUUGAGAGGCUGCUUAGCUGCGAAUACUGGAGUCGGGUUUGGGUCAUCCAAGAACUAUCUAUGGCAAACCGCUUACAAGUUAUCUGGGGAAGUCACAAGUUUGCUUUCUUGGACCUCGCCUACCUCGCCGUGGCUUACAGGCGCAUGCGCAAAGCCGACAUGGUAGGCGACAUUGUUUCCCCCAGAGCCUGUCGACACAUUCAAAAUCUCCUCAAAUUCAAGAACCUCCAAAGCGGAUUGAAAGCCGUACCGUUGAUCAAAGCUCUGAAGAUGACGUCGUUUGCCAGGUCGACAGACGUUCGCGACAAGGUCUACGGGUUGAUGGGACUGACAUACGACGGCUCCAUAAUCUUCCCCACUCCGAGCUACGGAAGCGACAUCCGGCGUGUUAACGAGGAUGCGACCUUGCGCGUUAUCCGACUUGAGCGCUCGCUAGAUACCAUCGUCUUCAGGAGCAAGGGUCCAAGGUCCUGGUUGGUCGACUGGUUUGACUCGGAGACCUGGCUGGAUCCGCGAGUCGUGUCAUACCUCGAUGGCACUAUGGAAUUCCGUUCGAGAAAUGGAACGUUAUGCUCCAAGUGGGAUGCUACGCCAUCGAGUCUCCCAGUAGCUACCGUACAAGGCCAGCACUUGGUAGUUCAAGGAUCGAUUCUGGACACCAUCGGCAACUGUUCUGCGACCUUUGAAGAGAGACGAUCAAAAUCUAAACAGCUACCUGAUUAUGGUGGGCGUCGGAAUAUACGACUUGUUAAGGAAAAGAGCCACAGAAGUAUUGAGUUUGCACUUUUCAACUGUUUCUGCAUUCUCCCCGAUGAUGAGAGAAGAUACUCGAGCAUGCCUCGUUUCCUUAUGGGGAUGCAAUUCGUAUCAGAUACGAUAAUCUCUAAAAGGAAAGUGAGAACUGAUCUGGGGAAGAGGGCCUCUGAUAUCCUUGAAUGGUUAGAUUGUCCAAUGAACUCUUCAUUCAAGAUUAGAGGUCACAGUCUAAGGUCGUGGUUCACUUCUCGACCCGUUUCCAAGUGGAAUUUUCCAGGAUUUAGGAGUGAGGAAAAGACGGCCAUCAGGUUUCGCGCCAUUUUUGCAGCCACAGACGCCUUGCGAAUGGGUAUGAGACUAGGAGAAACUACGAAGGGGAAUGUUGGGUGGUUUUCUAAGCACUCGAGGCCGGGCGAUUCCAUUGCCAUCUUGAGUGGGAGCAGUGUCCCCGUGGUCCUACGCCCUCGAACGGACGGGACAUAUACGGUGGUCGGUGACAGCAUUAUUCCAAGCAUGAUGCUGGGGGAGGCAUCAUACGAGGCUAAAUGGUCCAAUAUCACAUUACACUAAUAAAUGUGGUGCUAGGGCAAGACUGACUGUGAGAUGACUAGAUAUUUAGUGAAAUUAGCAUGGAUUUUGGACGGCGUUUUGCUAUUC